AUGCCGGUCAAGUCGUCGUCGCAGGCGCCGGGGAGGGGUCAACCGGGGGCUCCCCAAUCGCGGGUGUCCAAUCCGUCUAGAAACGACGACUCCGGCUCUGGAGCCGAAACCACUGCCCGCCGACGCCUCCAGAAGGCCGCCUCGACGAUUAACAUGAAUACCUCGAACAACCUCGAUGCUCAGUCCGUGCGGACUGCUGCGGGACCACCUUCAGGGGGUAUGGGUCGGAGAAGACUGUCUAUUAGAGAUCAAAAACCUCCUCAGGGGCCCCGGCCGCAAGACUCUUCACGCUGGAUUAAACCGACCGGUCCUUACUUUCAUUCUGAUCACUCUUCAAUCGACUCGACAAAUGAAACAGCCAAAGCCUAUAAUCUUAGAUCUACCAGUGUGGGAAAUUUGGCAAAGGAGGCCAACCAGACCCCUCCAGAAAACAUGGAAUUUUUGGCGCCGAUCAACUUCGACGACUUCCACAACAGCAUCAUGGGAGAACCGAGCUUGAACAAUUUCCCUAUGCCUGGUUCUCGUGGCGCGGGGGCUGAAAAUCGCAAUUCGGGGUUGCCUACGAACAACCCAUGGGCAAACCAGAACUAUGAUGGUGCCGUCUCAGAGCGCACGAGGGGCGCUUCAGCCCGCCGGAAGAGCGAGGUAUCGCGGUUCAAUGGGACUCAACAAGUACCGCCGACCGGGCUGACAACGGCCACCGCUAAUACUCGGGCUCGCCGUCAAAGUCUCGCCCAACCCAGCGCGGCCCCGCGAGGUUCACGCAAGUCCAUUAGCUCAGGGGCGUUCGCUCCUACCAAUGCUUCCGCUCGGCGUGCCAGUCUAAGUGCCCGCAAAAUUAUCACGGACCAGCCAACAAGGACCGACUCGAAUAGUUUCCUGCGACCACGGAUGCCUCAGACAGAGCCGGUUCCCGAUGUGUCUAAAGUCCCUUCAUCCAUUCGAAACCUCAAGGCAAAGUCCUUCCAGCCUGUUCCUCGCGAGCCAGAGGGGGCCUAUCUGACUACUUCUGCUACUCCUGAUCAUGCACGUUCCUCAUCUACAAAUGCUGUUCGCACGCCGCAAAGAGAUCCAUCAGAGGCAUCAGCGUCGACACCUUCAUCAUCGUCGAAGCGCGCCUCGAUGAUGCCCCAUGCCACUGGUCUGGGGGCUCGCACAAUCAGUCCCACUGAUGCUCGACGGAUGAAGCGUAUGUCGAUUGCGCCUCCUGCACCUCCUAUGCCACACACACCUCCCGCCCCCACAGAACCUCUUCCCUACCGACCUGUAUCAUCAACACAAUCUCCCUCUUUUUUGCCGAGAAAAAGUGUCACCCCUUCUUCCAACCGAACAACCCCAGACCCAAAUCGCAAAUCCUAUAGUUCCGGGUUGUCGGUCUCAUCAAACACUAGUUAUAAUUCUGUUCGCAACUCUGGAAUCUCGCUUCAGCCUCGACUUUCUCAGAAUUUCUCCUCCUCCCGCCUGCCAACGCCAAAACCUCGCACUGAACAAUCGACGAAUAAUACCGAGGAAGAAGUACCACCGGUACCCGCCAUUCCGAAAGCCUACGAAUCGCCAAAGGGUGAACUGGAUGCGCCUGCAUUCCCAGCCCCUCGUAAAUCCAGCUUAUCCUCAGAUAUUGGUCUUCUCACUAUUGCGCGGGAUUCCGACUCGGAAGCAAAUAGUGCGCAGAAUGCCACUGGCGACGAGAAUGUCGAACCCCCUGUUGCAAGGCCCACGAAGACCCCCGAGGCACGAACACGAACUUCCACAGUGCUCGGUCGCAAGGGCUUGCAGCCGCUGAAACUACCUCCUUUGAAUCUAUUGCCUCUGGGCACGCCCAUGACGACGAAGAUCGAGGCUUUGAAAGACCGGGAAGCCGAGGAGCGGAAGGCUCAUACGCCGUCCGCUCAGAUCAUGUCCAAGACUCCAACCACCCCAAUGACGGCAUCAAAGGCAAACUUUUGGUAUCGCGACGAAGACGAAAAGGCACCCUCUACUCAAAUCCGCAGCAGCACUUCUCAUUUUGCCCUGAGCUCUACGACAGCAGCGUUGCGAACAUCCAGCAGCACCAGUGCUGGACCUGAUUACAAGGCUCUCCGCCACCAGGCUAGUGGGGAUUAUACCGGCCAAGUAGCCCAGUCAUACAAGUUGACAGGUCCACGACCUCAAACGCAGAGUGCCAUCUUCACUCCAGCUGCUGAACGCUUGAGCCAGAUCUCUACUCCAUCAGAGCCGGAGAACGUCACCUCGGCUGUUCCCCAUCCAUCUCUUCGGGAUCGACUAAAUAUAGCCCGAGUGCGCAGCAGUUCUAGGAACAAACAGUCCGAAGUUGAUACCGAUCCGUCCAAGUAUCACAACAUGCCACCACCCAAGCUCCCGGCGUCGGCAACAUGGAACAAUCUUUCGUCCGUACCAUCCACUAGUCCCAGCCUGAAGUCAUCUUAUCUCAAACCCCGUCGACAAUCCUCGGUAUCUAGCAUCACGAAACAAGCGGGUAACCGCAAACCCAGCGUCAGCAGUGACCGAAGUCUUACUCUUGAGCCGAGCCGGUCUCAUGAAUCGCAUGCCAGCGACCAAUCCCAUCGCUCUCAUAGCAGCUUUGUCUCGCCAGUUCACAAAAUAAUCAGCUCUGCCCGGUCUAGUGCAGCGGCUUCUUCGUCCGCCGCCGAUCCGAAUGGAGAUGCGGAUAUCGUGAUCGCCGACGAGGAAAUGCGAAGACUUGGGUCUAAACGGAGAGAUUUCGAAAAGGCAGCCAAGGAAUUGGACGAGUUGCGUCGCAAGGCUGGACCAAAGGACCGUGUCAGUCCUGCCCAGGCCCUCAAGAUGGCCAAUUUGAACAUCUUCGAACGUGGCGAAAUAAUCGAUUAUCGGGAUAUUUUCUUCUGUGGCACUCAGAACGCGAAGAAGCAUAUUGGAGAUCUUCAUUCUGGUGCCGCGAACUUUGGCUACGAUGAUGAUCGUGGCGAUUAUAACAUCGUGAUGGGCGACCAUCUAGCAUACCGCUACGAAGUGGUGGACGUCCUUGGCAAGGGAAGUUUUGGACAGGUUGUGCGAUGUGUCGACCACAAGACAGGUGCUUUGGUCGCAAUCAAGAUCAUUCGUAACAAGAAGCGUUUCCACCAGCAGGCCUUGAUUGAAGUCAAUCUCCUUACUAAACUUAAGGAAUGGGACCCUGACCGCCGCCACAGUGUGGUCAACUUUGUACAAAGUUUCUACUUCCGCGGCCAUCUCUGUAUCUCUACUGAGCUUCUUGGCAUGAACCUUUACGAAUUCAUCAAGGCGCAUGACUUCCGUGGGUUUAAUUUGAAACUUAUUCGGCGGUUUACCAAGCAGAUGCUCAGCAGUUUGGUGUUGCUGCACGCCAAGAAAGUCAUCCACUGUGAUUUGAAGCCAGAGAACAUCCUUCUUGUUCAUCCUUUGAACUCUGAGAUUAGGGUCAUCGAUUUUGGCUCGAGCUGCUUCGAAAACGAGAAGGUCUAUACAUAUAUCCAGAGUCGAUUCUACCGCUCUCCGGAAGUUAUUCUUGGAAUGUCCUAUGGUAUGCCCAUCGAUAUGUGGAGUCUUGGAUGUAUCCUGGCCGAGUUAUUCACUGGCUACCCCAUCUUCCCGGGUGAGAACGAGCAAGAACAGCUAGCGUGUAUCAUGGAGGUAUUUGGGCCUCCAGAGAAGCACUUGAUUGAAAAGAGCACGCGAAAGAAGCUUUUCUUCGAUUCAUUGGGCAAGCCUCGUCUUACCGUCUCAUCCAAGGGCCGACGACGCCGGCCAAGUUCUAAAGAACUGCGGCAAGCUCUGAAGUGUGACGAUGACGCCUUCCUUGAUUUCAUCUCGCGCUGUCUCCGCUGGGAUCCUACGCGCCGCCUCAGCCCCCAUGAUGCGUUGAAGCAUGAGUUCCUCACUGGAAUCAAGCCGCAGACCCGGCCCAGGAUGUAUGCUACCACCAACUCCCCUUCUAAGCGGGGUACCCCCUCUGGUGGACGACCCCUGCCAGAGCCGCCAAGUCUGAAGACUGGACCGUUCUCUCGCAACCGUGACCCCUCCGGCAAUUCGCCGGUAAAGGGCAGCAGUGGGAAACGCCAUUCCACCGUGAGUGGAAUGCCACCUUCCAGCCCCGCCAAGCGAGGAUCCAAUAGUUCCACAAUCUCCGGCACUGCGCUGCCUCGGGCAUCGGCACGCAGUAUCAGUGGAAAGCCUGACCUCGCGACGGCGGCGGCGGCGACCAGCCUUGUGAGUUAA